AUGCCUUCAGACGACGCUCGCGAUCGUUCGGCAUCGCCGCCGCGCGAGUCAAAGCAGAAGAAGCAGAAGACCGGCGGAUCUAGCGGCUUCAAAUGGAAGAGCAAGGCACCUCGCGACGAAGAGGCCGACAGUCGCAACAGCGGUCGCCUCGAGCGCGGCUACAGAGAUCGUUCACCGCGAYGCGACAGCUAUCGCGACAGAGACGGUGAGCGUCCACAGAGGAGAUUCGAUGACCGAGACGACGACCGACGUAGAGAUCGCUCACCACGUGGAGGUCGCGACAACGGCGGCGGGACCGACAGCUAUCGGCCUCGAAGUGAAGACGAUCGUUCCAGGGAUGAUAGGAAGCCAGAUCAAUCUGUUGCGUCAGAGAGUAAACCCAAGGRGAAGAAGGAGAAAAAGGCCAAGAAAGCACCCAAACCCGUCUCUGAUGAACCUAUGAUUGUCGUCAACAUAAACGAUCGACUUGGAACCAAAGCUGCGAUUCCUUGCUUGGCGAGUGACAGUGUCAAGGCCUUCAAGGCGAUUGUCGCGAUGAACAUUGGACGACAACCGCACGAGAUCAUGUUGAAGAGACAGGGUGAGAGACCUUUCAAGGACCAGUUGACGUUAGAGGAUUAUGGCGUCAGCAAUGGAGUGCAGCUGGACUUGGAGCUUGAUACUGGCGAUUGA